UAUGAAUCUGUGGUAUGAAUUUGUAAAUUUGUAUCUUUCGACUGUUGUGGUGUCUGUUUGUAAUAAAUUCAUUAAAUUCUUUGCUAUAAUUCUUCGCUCCCCGCUAAGGAAUAAUAAUUAACAUUUAAGUAUAUAAAAACACUUGUUAUUAAUACAUAGGCAUAUUAAAACAAUAAAAACCAAAAAGAAAUAACCUAAAUUGUUGAUUAGAUCAGGGGAAAACAGCAGGAAAACUACAAUACCUUUAAGUUAAAAGAACCAAUAAAUAAUUUAAAAUGUGUGAUAUUCAUAUUGUGUUUAUUAUUCCUGAAGAGGCAGAGACUGAAUCUGAAGCAUCAAAUACUAUGAAAGAAGCUUAUAAUGCUUGUAAAGAAUUAGUCGAUGAUGUGACAUGGAGUAAAGAAUCUAAAUUAGAUAUAAACAAUUUAAAUAAGUUAAAUUAUGUUGUGUUUGAACAAUUGGAUGGUCGAGAUUUUAGUGAGUUUAUUGAGACCAAGUGUGCCAGGGUAGUGGGGCCACUUGCUAUCAGCACUUGCUUAUCUGAGAGCAAGCCAAUUCCUAGUUUUCAGUGGCCUAUUUUAAAUGUUGCAAUGUACAAUUGUAUAGUAACAUGCUCACAACUGUCCAAAUCAUCCAAAGAAGCUAUUAAACAAAAAGUUCAAUUAAUGGGUGGAUUAUAUACUGCAGAUUUUUUGGGCAGUGUCACUCAUAUAAUUUGUGAUGGAACUACUUCGGAGAAGUAUAUGAUAGCAACUGAAAGAAAUGUAAAAAUAAUGUUACCUGGAUGGAUUAACUACUUAUGGACAGAAAGCCAAAGAAAAAAUAUUGAUGCGAAUAACUCCGACAUAUUAAAUAAAUAUAAAUGUCCUCCUUUUCAUAAACUUAUCAUUUGCACCACAGGAAUAUCGAGCAGCAAGGAAAAGUUAAAAUUGCAGACACUUAUUUCUACAAAUGGGGGAGAAAUGGUGGGUAAAUUAAAUUUAAAUCAGACUGAUGUCCUAAUUUGUCAUGGUGCAGAAGGAACGAGUAGUGAGAAGUUUAAAGCUGCCAAAGGAAAAUGUUUGCCUUGCGUUACCAUUGAUUGGGUCUAUGAUAGUAUAAAUAAAGGAUUUUCGCUGUCAUACAAAUUAUAUGAAGUAAAAGCUACUACUACCUCUACACCAACAAAAGACAGUGAAGACAUUAAUCCAAACUUUUCGUGUAUUAGUUCCAUUGGAAUUCCUUCGAAUAUUCAAAGAUCACAGAUUAAUGAAACUAUGAAUUCUACUGGAAUAAUGACUGAUAGUAAAAAAAGAAAAGCUUCAGAUGAUUUGGUAGAAAAAUUAGAUCUGAAGAAAGUUAAGAGUGCUGGUACAUUUUUGGAUGGUUGCUCAAUUUUUCUUGCUGGUUUCUCUUUGGAUCAGCGCGAUAAGCUUAUUAAAGCCAUAAAUUUAAGUGGAGCCACUAGAUAUGACAGCCUGUCUGAAAGAGUCACUCAUGUGAUUAUCGGUAAUCCGUGCUGCCCUGAAGUGGAGGAAGUGAGAACCAAGAAGCUGUCCUGCACUGUAAUUCCAAUUCAAUGGUUUUUGGAUUCUAUUAAACAGAAACAGCCAGCUAAGGAAGAUGAUUAUGUUCUAGGCAAAGAGGACGAGACGUUGAAAUCCAGACUGGGUUCGCCAGUCAGCAAAAAAGCCAUUAAUAUUUUAAAACAAAAUAAAUUGAAUCUGGAAGAAAAUGAAUCUGUUCCUGUAGCAAUUAGAGAUGAAAGUGAUGAUACAUUAACUCAGCAAUAUCUCAGCAAAGAUAAUAUUGGGACCCGUAAAGAUGAUACUUUAAGCAUGCUUUUAAGAAAUGCUAAUCUACCAGAUGUUGCGUCACGAACGGAAAGCGAAUUAAAUACAAAAACAAAAGUUUCGUUAGAAAAAUCCGUGGUUCCGCCCAUUGAAAAUGAAGUUACUGCAGAUUGUGUUUCUUCACAGGGUACCACUGAAAACUCCAUAAAUGGUUCGGUAUUUUGUUCCUAUACUUUUCUGCUAGUUGGCUUUGAUGCAGAAACUACUGACGUUUUAGAAGGAUAUGUAAAAGGGUUAGGUGGAGUUAUUGUUGACACAGAAUAUAAAGAUCCAAUUGAUUUUCUCGUGGCACCCAUUUUGAAAAAACCAGCGAGCACCCCGUUUAACUCUAAAGAAAUCGUCAACGAGCUUUUCGUCGUUGAAAGCGUAGAGGAAGAAAAACUGGUAGAUAUACAAUACUAUCAUAGACCACUUAAACUUCCAACCACCAGACCAUUACAGGAUUGUGUUAUUACAAUAAGUGUAUAUACGAGUCAGGAGAGACACUUCCUCAAAACAUUAAUCGAGGGACUAGGCGGUGUUUUUCAGGAGCAGUUUUGUAGAAAAAACAUCCCUUCCAAAAGUGUGUUGGCAUCCACGCAUUUGGUUACGCCCGAGGCCAGCGGCAAGAAAUACGAGGCUGCUGUCAAAUGGCAACUGCCGGCCGUCACUAGAGAUUGGCUUCGAAAAUGUGUUGAGAUCGGCGAUAAAGCAGAUUUGAAUCCGUUUCUAGUAGGAGUAGCUGAAACGUUUUCAGAAUCGUCAGUUACAAACGCCAACAGCAGCAGUUCGGUUUCAGAAAGCAGCAGCAAGCCAAGCUUACUAGAAACACCUGCCAAACCUGAAGAAUCGGUAGUUCCUAUACAUCGUCAGCUAGCAAACGUUAACACGCCUCCUGUAGCACGAAAAAGUUCUGUUAACACACCGCUAAACCAAAUAUACAACAACAUCGCAAUAAAAACACCUGAUACGUGCAGUCAAGUGACUCCUAUCAACAAAAUACUGCAGGAUGCAAGAGACAAGAAGAUUCUACCUACGCCGAGUCCCAAAACUUAUUAUCCUUGGGCCCCCAAAACACCUGAUACGCCAUUGGGAGCGUUUAUCCGGGACAAUCCCUCUCCAGCCUUAAGAAAGGAAAUGCAAGCUUAUGUAAAUGAAUUUCCCGACUUUGUGCCUCCUCCCAAAAGGCGAUUAAGUACUCCCCUUUCAGAACUCAGGAGGAGAUUGCGCAAUAAAGUACUCUAUGGAGAAGAAUAUCCUACCCAUACCCAGGAAAGCCAGAGACCUACUCAUGGAGUAGAGCAAGAACUCGAAAAAGAGGAACAGAACGAUGUUACCGAUAUACCUGAUAAUACGGAAGAGUCCGAGAUGACCCCGGAAAAAGAAGAGGCGAAUCAAAAAUUUCAACAGCUUAAAGAGAUGGUGAUGGCGAGCGGCAGUGGAACGGCCAAUAGAAAACCUAGGCGCUUAUUUGAAGCAGUGAAGAGUCGCGAAGGAUCACUUGACGCUCCGUCCCGACGAAACAACGAGCCCCAAUCGCAAGUGUGCACCAUUGAUUGGGACUAUGGAUGUGAAACGGAAAGUCAAGCUCAGAAAAUGUUUCUUCUUUCUGGAAUCGAGCUCUCCCAAAGGCAGCGGCUGUCUGACAGCAUAAAAGCAUUGGGCGGCAUUGUGUCGGAAAUGGCGACAUAUGACGAAUCCUGCACUCACCUGAUUUGUCCCAAACCGCUGAGAAACGAGAAAACGUUGGCUUGCAUGGCGGCUGGCAAAUGGAUCCUGCAUACAUCCUAUAUAGAGAAAAGCUCAGCGGCAGGUUCAUUUCUUAAUGAACAUUUAUUUGAGUUCGGUAACAUGCAGUCCAAAGAAAAUAUUCCUUACGACGAGAAAGACGCGUGUAUAAAUUACUGGAGAAAGGAAAUAAAAAGAAGGGGCUAUGGGGCGUUUAAGGAUAUGCGUGCCCUAGUCAUAGCCGAAAGGCGGGAUCCAUUGGUUAAAGUUAUUGAGGCCGGUCAAGGAGUCGUCUUAAAUAUUUCACCGCCUUUUGACGAGCCUAUACAUGCCACCCAUUGUUUACUUGAAGCCAAAGUGGUUAAGGAUUUCUCACAAUAUACUCCUUUAGCAUUGCAAGGCAUUAAAUGCGUUAAUACAAUUUAUAUUCACGAAUUCCUAAGGAAAUGUGGAAAAGAAGAUACAAAUUAUAUAUUGCCUUAUUUUACAUCUUACUAUAAUUUAAAAGAUAAUUAGAAUAAUUAGCUGUUCCAUUUUAUAUUUAU